CGACCGCGGGAAGGAAGACCCAGUCUAGGCGGGAGAGACAACACCAUCGACUUGGUCAAGCGACGUUACAGUACCAGGUUUGCCGGCGGUGUCCCUUACCCAGACGGCUCGCCCGUGCCAGCCGUCCCCGGCCUACCAGCCCAGUAUGCGCGCGGAGACAGUCGGAGUCCGGCGAGAGAUGGUCGUAGCCCGGAGCGUGGAGCAGGAAGACUACGCGUCGACCCUCGCGCGCUGAAGGAUCCCCAACUGCAGGCCGACAAGUAUGUGGAGAGUGUGCUGUCCGACGCCACCGAAGACGACAUUCACGCUUUUCAAAACGAGCUGCAGAAUGUCAAGGCGCAUACGAGCACGGAUUUGCAGCAUAAUGUCUACCAGAACCGCACGCAGUUCGUCAAAAUCUCCAAGGAAGCCGACCGGUUAAAGUCGGAGAUGCGUAUGCUUCGCAGUCUGAUGUCUGAACUUACCUCUGCACUCGGCCACGCAACGAGUGCGGGUGGCACGGAUGACUUUGGUAGUGCUGGGAGCAGGCUGAGCGUCAUUGCGGACAGGAAGCGCGCGAAUAGGAGUAGCGUCGCCAACCUCGAAGCGAUGUGGACGAGCCAUCUGCAGGUCUUGUGGAAGCGGGUGGAGGGCAGUCAGAAGUAUCUUCCCGCAAUCCCCGGCCGCCACAUCAUUAUGGAGAGCCAGCGGUGGGUGGAGCUAAAUGCCGCGACCUGGAAGCCGAGACGAAGAGUAGCUCUAGUGUUGCUAAACGACCAUCUCCUCAUUUCAAGCGAGAAGAAGCGCGCAGACGCCGCAUCCAGCAAUCAAAACGCCGCCACUCAACCAGGCAACAGAACAUCUAUAUACCAACAAAACCAACCUUCCACGGACCCCCAACGCCAAAAUCAACCCGCCAGCAGCACCAGCACCCUCGUUGCCGAACGCUGCUGGCCACUUCAAGACAUCAGUCUCGCCGAUAUCUCCUCCCACCACUCCAAAUCCAUCACUCACUCCCACACACGCGAACACGCCGCCAUUGCCAACGCCAUCAAUAUCCGCGCCGGUAACGAAAGUUUCACCUACGCCACCACCGACUCCGCGGAGAAGGCGGGUCUCCUUGUCGCCUUUAGGAAAGCGCAGGAAGAUCUGCGAAAGCUUGUUGCGUCCACCCAGCAGCAGGGCGAGAGGGGGAGGUUCGGGGUGGGGGAUGAGUUGGGGUUGGCGAUGCGUGCUGGUCGUGACCCGCGUCAAGCGGAGUUGGGUGGACUGGGUGGCUUGAGUCGAAGCAACAGCAUCCUCAUCGACGUCGACGGCCGCCAACAAAGUAUCCGCUGGGUGGAGGGCCAAAUCGACACCCUCGACAUCGACAUCGCACUCCAACGCUUCGAGCAAGCCGUAAGCCGGGUGGAGAGUCUGAGGAAGCUGGCAAGAGGUAUAAAAGGUAACGCCACCGCCCAAGAAAUCAUCACCACCAAAAUCGACUCCCGCGCCACCAAACUCGCCCACAACAUCGCCCGCCAGCUCAUCAACACCUCCUCCGGCCUCGAACGCACCAAAACAAAUGCCUCCUGGCUCGCCCGUCUGGGACACGAAGAUAUGGCCCGAUCCCGCUACCUCACCUCCCGAACAGAAACCCUCCGUAUCCGGACUCGCCAAAUCCCAUUCACGGGUUCACUACCACCGUAUCUACACGCGCUGGCGUACACGACGUUCACCUUGUUAUUGCAUACGUUGAGAUGCUGGAAUGCGGCCUUUCCUGCUCCGAGCGCGGGGAGUGCGGUGGUAGCUUGGGCGAGGGAGAGGGUGGAGGAGUUCAACGAGGUGCUUGUUAGGAGGAUGGAAGGGGUGGAGAGGGGAGGCGAGGUCUGGGGGGAGUGUGUGAGGGUUGUGGGGGAGCAAGUGGGGUUGCUGAAGGAGGUGGGGGUAGAUUUUGGGGGGGUUGUGGGGAGG